UUCAUUUAAAUAUAUAUUAAAAUGGCUAAAGGAAAGAAGAAGGCUGGAGGUAACCCAGGUAAAGGAGAAAAGAUUUUCAAGAACUUGUGUGCUGUAUGCCACUCACUCACCAGUCACGGAACUGGACCAGCUUUGGCAGGUCUCGCAGGAACAAACAUUGCUGGUCAGGAUGGAUUCUCAUACUCGGGAGCACUUUCUGGUAAGGCUACCUUAAAGUGGACUGAUGCUAACAUGAACAAGUGGUUGAAAUCACCAGCUGAUUUUGCUCCAGGAAAUGCUAUGGCUUUCGCUGGUAUCCCAAGUGCUAAAGACAGACUCGAUCUCAUUGCUUACUUGAAGGCUACAUAAACAAUAAUUUUAUUGAAAAGGAGUUGAAGAUAACCAGAUUCUCGUCCAUUUAUAUGCUCUCC